CUAGCCUUCCCACGCCACGUGCGCGGCGGGGAGAAUCGCAUUUCACGGCUCAACGCUCCACAGGCCAAUUACCCGAGACAGCGCCUCGCUCGCGCCCCACGCCGACGGCGACUGGAGGGAGGGACGAGGCGGUGGUCGUCGCCGUGGUCACCCUCGUGAUCCGACGGGCCCAGAUCUUCCGGCAAGAUGAACGCCUUCAGGCUCGCCGGGGACAUGACGCACCUCAUGAGCGUCCUGGUCCUCCUGCUCAAGAUCCACACCAUCAAGUCCUGCGCCGGUGUUUCCUUGAAGACACAAGAGUUAUAUGCUCUUGUUUUCGCUACUCGCUACUUGGAUAUGUUCACAGACUUCAUAUCCCUGUACAAUACGGUCAUGAAGCUGAUUUUCCUGGGUAGCUCAUUCUCAAUUGUUUGGUAUAUAAGACGCCACAAAAUGGUCCGUAGAUCAUAUGAUAAGGAUCAUGACACAUUCCGACAUCAGUUUAUUGUUCUACCAUGUCUUCUCUUGGCCUUGCUUAUACAUGAGAAGUUUACAUUCAAGGAGGUGAUGUGGACAUUUUCCAUUUAUGUAGAAGCUGUUGCAAUUCUUCCUCAACUUGUACUACUUCAGCGUACUAAAAACAUUGAUAAUUUAACUGGGCAAUACGUUUUCUUCCUAGGUGCAUACCGAGGAUUGUACAUCCUCAACUGGAUCUACCGCUACUUCACUGAGCCACAUUAUGUACAUUGGAUAACUUGGAUAGCAGGAUUCGUGCAGACAUUGUUGUACGCGGAUUUCUUCUAUUAUUACCUCAACAGUUUGAAGAACAAUGUGAAGCUCACUCUACCAGCUUGACAGCAUGGCUUUGCUGGCCCUAUCAGAAAGAUCAAAAAUAUGUCCUUGGGAUCAGGGAGGUGCAAUGUGGAGGAUUAAAUUGCACUGGUCGAAAGUAACGUGCUCCGAUGUCAGGAGAACAGACACUUAUUUUCGGAUUCGGAGAUCUUUUGUAGAGAAUCCACUGUACAUUAAAAUGGAUAACAUUAGCUCAUUGGACAACGGAAGAUGAGGUGAUGAAUAGUUGAUAUACAUGGAAUAUUUGUAAACGUUGCAACUCCUUUUAAAAAUGUUAUGAACUCUCAUUGCUAAAGUCUCCCCAAGGCUUUUUUUUGCA